GAUAGCACUGCCCAUGCAGCACCUUCGCAGCCGCAUACUCCGUUGGGCUUAUGCCUGUACCACAAUGCACAGGCGGGAGGACUGGAAACACUGGACCUGGCCGAGCCAGGAUCAAAUCGCGGUCUAGUGAGUGGGUGGAGUAGUCGACCCGGAUGAGAUGCCCACUACUCGAGUUAUUUCCCGUGUAUAGCACCGGCGAUCAUUCAUGUAUAAAGAUGUUGGGCUCGCCGCCUCACUUCAAUGACACUCGUUCUUGGCCCCUCACCAGCAUCUUGCCUGUUCUCCCAGCCAUUUCCUCAAAGCAUCUCUGAGUUCCCAGCCGGCCUUCUUUCUCUGUACACUCUCCACGUCGUACUCGCACCGCUACCAAGAUGUUCAUCAAGACUCUCACCACCACUGCCCUCCUGGCUCUCUAUGCCGCCACCGUCUCCGCUCGCGGCUUCGGCUGUGGUGCUCCUGAGCCCGAUGCCUACCAGAUUGCCGACGCCCGCGCCUUCUACAAGGAGUUCAAGGCUUCUGCGGCCGCUGUCGGCACUGACGGUGUCAGCAUCCAGGCUAGCACGCCCUUCACCGUCAGCGUCUACGUCCACGUCGUUGCCACCUCCUCGAGCAAGUACAUUACUCAAACCCAGGUCAACAACCAGAUCUCGGCCCUGAACUCGGCCUACUCCCCCCACAACAUCUCGUUCAAGCUGGCUGCCACCGACUUCACCACCAACACCAGCUGGGGCAAGGACGGCAACGAGACGGCCAUGAAGAAGGCGCUCCGCAAGGGCACCUACAAGGACCUCAACCUGUACUUCACCGAGUCCCUCGGCGACGGCCUGCUCGGCUAUUGCUACUUCCCCGUCUCCAAGCCGACCAGCUCGGACAUCACCCUGGACGGCUGCACCAUCCUGGCCCAGUCCGUCCCCGGCGGCACCGCUGCCCCCUACAACCUCGGCGGCACUGCCAUCCACGAGGUCGGCCACUGGAUGAACCUCUUCCACACCUUCCAGGGCGGCUGCAACGGCGGCGACUCCAUCGACGACACCCCCGCCCAGGCCUCGGCCUCUUCCGGCUGCCCGACCGGCCGUGACUCGUGCCCCAGCCUGGCCGGCCUCGACCCCAUCCACAACUACAUGGACUACUCUGACGAUGCAUGCUACACCGAGUUUUCCGCCGGCCAGGAUGCGCGCAUGCACGCCGCGUGGACCACCUACCGUGCUGGCAAAUAAGCGCGAGGCUCGGUUGGAAGCGUCUUUUUAUUAUCCGAAGACCGCACGCGCCGCUCUGCCAGAGUGAGCCUAUAUUUUAAAGGGCUUUACUCACUUUCUUCUUCUGCUGCCUCCUGGAUACAUAUGAGGCAGCUUCCUUUUUAUUCAUUUGCACGGGCGAUGAGUUGCAACGAAUGGCGUUUGGGACUUUGAUGAUGAUGAGAUGAGAUGGUGGCUUUGAGGAUCUUCCCAUGGCUGGGGUACUCUUGAGAUGCAUGGUACAUAAAGAUGAGCUGCCGAUAUAGUACAUAUCUUUAGUAGAUGACGGAGAGAAAAAUUUGACAUCUUCGACUUCGAA